AUGGCAGACAACGUCGGACUCACUACGCCAAGGGGCAGCGGCACAUCCGGAUAUGUCCAAAAGAACCGCUCGCUCCUCCGACCACGCGACAAGACUGCGCCAUACCCCAAGGACUGGGAGCACGCAAAGCACCGCCCACGGCAGCCAGACGCGGCAAUCCUCGAGCACGAAGCGAAGCGUGAGAUCGAAGUCAAGGUCCUCGAACUGAGGGAUAAGCUUGAAGAAGAAGGUGUCGACGAAGACGAAAUCGAUGACCAAUGUGAGGGACUGCGCCGGAAGCUUGACCAAGAGAGGAAAGACGGCAAAGAUCUGGGUCCCAACGCGAAACGACUCAAGUCCCACCAGGUCCACGAUCUCGCCAAAGCAAAGAUGGAGGAGAGUGAGCGGUUAAGGAAGGCGCUGGGCAUCAGCGCAGACUACGAGGAAGGCAGUCACUGGCGGAAACAAGAAGAGCGCAUGCGGGAUGGUCUUGCGAAGAGAGAGGCCGAGGACGAGAUCAAGACCGAGAAGGCCAGGGAGGCCAGGAGACACAAAGAGGAGGACUCAGAGUGA